AUGGAUUUAUCAGAUAUAAGAGCUAAAAUAUCUGAACUUGAAUAAAGACACAAUUAAGUCUAGUGUUCUCUAGGCAGUACUUUUUUCUAAGGAGCAGGAAAUUUGCCUCUAUCUAUCCCCUUUAUCAUCAACAGACUCACCCUGGUGGGUGGAGGUCCCUAAUGUGGUGAUCGAAGAAGAAAUCCUUAAUGUAAUUAUGUUCAAAUGGUGUAGUAUUUGCCCAUUUGAUGAACAGUUGUAAAAGCUUUCUACGAUUUCACUGAGAAUUAUUAGAUACACUUACUCUAAGAGAAAUAUAUAGAUAAUCUUCUGGCUUAUUUAGUGAAAUACUACACGAAUAUUAGCUGCCAAUAUGAGUUCAAGUUGUUUUCUGAAAACAACCAACUGCAACUGCUGGAUAUGAAGUAUGAUAUGAUUCCAGUGUUUAGGUAUUGCAAGUUGUGUAGUUUUCUAACAAAUGAACCAGCUGUGAAGUUAGAAUAUGAUGUUAGACACCAAAAACAAAAUUGA